AUAUUCCUCAAUUUUUUUUUUACAAAAAUAAAAAAUUGUCAUCUUACUGUCUUGCACUCCAAAACCACUCCGUUAAACCCUCUUCCUCUCUCUCUAUCCUCCAUUGAAGCGCGUGCUCUGAUUUCUCCAUUGAAGCAGCUUCAGAGCUUUCUUUUUUUCCAUUGAAGCACCUUCUGAGGCUGUAGUUUAUAAUCCUUAUUUGUAGGACAGAACUCUGAAAAUGGAUCCUACCGACGAGGACUCGCUCCUUGCGAACUCGAGGUUCUUAACUCGGCAGGAAGUACUUAAACGGCGAGUUCGUCGAUUGAGGCGACUCGCUGAUUGUUACAGGGAUCAUUACUGGUCUUUAAUGGAGGAGGUGAGACGGAAACACCGGGAGUACUACUGGAUGUAUGGGAAAGGCCCUUGCAGGGAAGAAGAUGAUGAAGCCGAGGAGAGAGAAAAUGGCGUUGGUACUAGUAAUGCGAUGAACGGCAAUGGCGUCAAUGGUAAUGGUAACAGUGAAAAUGGUGGUAGUGGUGAUAAAUUAGGGGUGGAGUAUGGCAGAAGUUUCAGUUGGUGCUCUUAUAGUGGGUGUGGAGGGAAAGCUAUGGCGUUAACGCGAUUCUGUAUCUUGCAUAUAAUGAGCGAUAGCAAGCAGGUGCUCUACAAAAAAUGCAAAUAUCCACAAUUGAGAGACGGCGGGCGGAUUGGUUCCCUUCUUUGUAAUAAGGCUAUACUAAGCGCUACCACUCCGACUCUCUGCCAGAGACAUGCGCUGGAUGCUAAGAGGCACAUCAGCCAGGCUUUGAAAAAAGGUGGUGUUUCUGCUGCCUUGUCUAACAAGGCUGCUACCAAGUUUCAUCUUGUGAUAAAUGAGUACGUCCAAUUGAUUCAAUCUAAGAGAAGAUUUAUUGCAAGAACUAACAAGGAUACCAUUGCAAUUGAGAAUGGCGGUAAUUGAAUAUUCUAAUCUACAUUUUAUCAGUAUAUAAUCAGCAUUUUAGUGUGGUUGAUGGAGCACAACAUUUGACAUAUACCGAUCAUGAAACUAUGGGCCUCGUCUCUGCUACACCAGACCAGAUGUCUCCUUCUCCCGUUGAUCUAUAGUGUGUGUGAUGUUUUCCCGACCCCCCCCCCCUCCCCCGUCUGCCUUUUACUCUCCUUUUCCUGAGAGAUGAUCUGUUACUUUGUUGUUAGGGGAGUGAAUCUGGAGCAGUGCAUGACAAAUGAUCACUUUAUCAGUCGGUGCUGUAUAUAAUUGCUGUAUAGAACAUAUUCUCGGCUAAGGCGUGAUACUUUUAAACUCUUUUGUAAGUAUUGUUCAUGAGCAUUAGAAUGUUACGAUAUAAA